UUCUCCUUUUGCAAAGGCCACCACACCACCACCCCCACCCCCACCCCCACCAUCACUUAAAGCAGUUUCGAUUCUCUUCAGAAUCAAUAAUAUCUCCGCUAACCGCCCUCUCUUUCCUUCUGAGGAUUCAGUAAUGGCGGCGAAGCUAGGCUCCUUCCGGAACGGUAACCACGCGGAGAAACGCGAGCGGCUUCUCUCCAACAACGGUUUCUCCGAUAUGAGAUUCGGCGACAUCGAGUCCAACGAUCUUCUCGAAGGCGAUGGUCAUGCAAGGACGCGGCUGUGCUGCUGCUGUUCGUGCGGUGACAUCUCCGGUAAAAUCUCCGGAGUGUAUGAGGACGCUAAAGAUGUGGCGCGAAAGGCGUGGGCGAUGGGAGUCUCUGAUCCGAGGAAGAUCGUCUUCUCCGCCAAGAUUGGCCUUGCUCUGACGAUUGUAGCGGUUUUGAUUUUCUACCAGGAGCCUAAUCCGGAUCUCAGCCGUUACUCGGUUUGGGCUAUUCUCACCGUCGUCGUCGUCUUCGAAUUUACAAUCGGAGCAACUCUAAGCAAAGGGUUUAAUCGAGCGCUUGGCACGUUAUCAGCCGGAGGUCUUGCACUUGGAAUGGCUGAGCUUUCAACACUGGCUGGAGACUGGGAAGAGCUCUUCUGCACCGUUAGUAUCUUCUGCAUUGGGUUCAUUGCGACUUUCAUGAAACUGUACCCGGCGAUGAAAGCUUAUGAGUAUGGUUUCAGGGUUUUCUUGCUGACGUAUUGCUACAUUCUCAUCUCUGGGUUCAGAACAGGACAGUUUAUUGAGGUGGCUAUCUCCCGGUUUCUGCUUAUAGCUCUUGGUGCUGGUGUUAGUUUAGGGGUUAAUAUGUUUAUAUAUCCUAUUUGGGCUGGUGAGGAUCUUCAUAACUUGGUUGUGAAGAAUUUCAUGAAUGUAGCUACUUCCCUUGAAGGUUGUGUGAAUGGAUACCUCCACUGUUUUGAAUACGAGAGAGUCCCAUCCAAAAUCGCCACUUACCAAGCCUCCGAGGAUCCGGUUUACAAGGGUUACAGAUCAGCUAUUGAGUCUACUAGCCAAGAAGAGUCUCUGAUGAGCUUUGCAAUAUGGGAGCCGCCACACGGACCAUACAGGACAUUUAACUACCCAUGGCAGAACUAUGUCAAGCUCAGUGGCGCUCUCAAGCAUUGUGCAUUCACUGUGAUGGCAUUGCACGGCUGCAUUCUCUCAGAAAUCCAGGCACCUGAAGAAAGGAGACAAGUUUUCCGACAAGAGCUUCAGAGAGUUGGCGUAGAAGGAGCCAGGCUCUUAAGAGAGCUCGGCGAAAAGGUGAAGAGGAUGGAGAAGCUAGGACCAGACGACAUGCUCUUCGAAGUCCACUUAGCUGCCGAAGAACUACAACACAAGAUCGACAAGAAGUCUUACCUUCUCGUCAACUCCGAACGCUGGGAGAUCGGAAACCGAUCACGGUCAGAGCCUCAAGAGCUACUCUCCAUGGAAGAUUUAGAUCCACCAGAGAACCUCAAGUCUCCCAUCUACGCCUUCAAGUCCCAAAGCGAGGCGGUUCUUGAGAUACCAAAGAGCUGGGGAGAGAAGAAUCACCGCGAGCCGUUGAAUCACAGGCCUACUUUCUCGAAACAGGUGUCGUGGCCUGCACGGCUUGUGCUUCCGACCCAUAUGGAGACGACGAACGGGAACUACCAGCUGCUGGAGACGACGGAGACGUACGAGAGCGCGAGUGCCUUGUCUUUGGCGACGUUUGCAUCGCUCCUCAUAGAGUUUGUCGCUCGGUUGCAGACCGUGGUCUACGCGUUCGAGGAGUUGAGUAAGAUAGCUAAUUUCAAGGAGCCGGAGAUUGCGACGUCGGACUCGGAUGUAGAGGUAGACGGAGAGAGUGUCGGGCUUGGCCGGAAGAUCCGCCGGUGUUUCGGGGUGUAAGGGUUUUCUGUUUGAAAAUUCGCAUCGGAGGCGUUUUACUUAAACGCGCGAGACUUUAAACUGUUAAUUGUAAACUAAGUAACCCAAAGUACACAACUAAACUAGUUAAUAAAUGGUAAACAAGCAGAGGCGUUUUUAACCCUUAUUAUCAUCAUAUACUGUGCAUGUGAUUUGGGGUGUAAGAUUUUUAUGGACACAUAAAAUGAAAAUAUGCUACA